UAUCACGCCCUUAUAAUAUAUCAUCGUUACCAUCGCCGCCUCCACUCCCAAUUCCACUCCGGCACCGGCGCUGGAAUCCGAUCCAUGCUGGUUCCGUCAUCAUCAUCGCAAAGGAAACAAUUUGCAGGCUAACAAUGGUGGCGAAUCUCUCCUUAACUCCUUCACCAACUCCAUCCACUUCUUUUCCACAAUCAUUUUCAUGUUCCUACAAUCGCUCCUUCAGAUGGCGAAUCCUUCCUCACCAGUCUCGUUCCGUCCGCCGUCAUCAUCGUCGCCGUUUCUUCCACCCCGAUAUCCCCAAUCAACUAAUCAAACCAACGUCUAAUCCCGUCGAGAAGUUCCAAAUGACUAUUGACGUUGAAGAUUUAUCGAAUAAAGCUUCUAUUUCCUUCCAAAAGCUCUUAAACCCUUCAUUGUCAAUCACGCUCGAUCAAUUGAUUGAAUCUGGUAAAGAAGCUCUGGAGGAUUUGCAAACGUUGGUUACGUUCGAUUCGGAUAGGAGGAUUGUUGUUUCUUGCCGCCCUUCAACGGUGGAGUUCAUGGUGAUUCUCUCUAUCGGUUGUUUCUUGUCUGUUUUUGCUUUUAAGGUGUUCUUGAAGUUAGGGUUAGGAGUUUUGCGCCGAUUUAAGUCGCGAAGUAGUGAUGAAGUGAUAGUCAGGAGAGAUAGAAGUCUUGGAGGUAGAGAAGUGGUGGUUGCAAGGAGAAAUGAUGAUUUCAGUAUUCUGCAGAGUGUUUCAACUGAUUCAGAAGUAAAGUCGAAGAACUUGGUUCGAAAGAGGAAGGCUAGAGAGUUGCCUAAUUGGUGGCCUGUUUCACUUCCUCCACCAAUUAUGUUAGACCACCAGGAUGAGUAUCAGAUUCUGGCUAACAGAUUCAUUCGAGCUAUACUGGACAGAAGAAUACAUGGGAAGGAUAUCUCCGAGGAUGAUAUGAUUCAAUUCCGUCGACUAUGUAGGACAUCUGGAGCAAAGGUGUCAAUUGAUACAUCCCAUUCACGAGAUUCCUUUUAUCGUGCAUCAGUUGAAUUUGUGCUCAACAUUUGUUGCAGGUCUGAAACACAUUACAGUACUGAAAGUAAAUCAACACGUAUUUACAUUGACGGUGAGCCUGCCCAACAAUUUAUUGCUGGUCUUGCAGAUAACCUCCAGCUAGAGCAUACACGUGCUGCAAGAAUAGUGUGUGCUGCUGUUGCUGCACAAACACGCUUGUGCUUUUUGCAGGCAUGGGCUCUAGAAAUGCAAGGCAAACAUUCUGAUGCUUUGUCAGAACUUUCAAAGAUUUGCACUCUGCACCAGGUGUUCCCUCCGGAAGAGUCAUCGCCUGAGAUGGAGAUGGUGGCUCGAGGCAUUGAAAAACAGCUAAAAUUAGAACAAAGGAAAUGGCUGAUGGAUAUGCUUACUGGGGUUUGUGUUGUAGGGAGCCAUCGAAGUGCUGCUGAAGCUCUGGGUCUGAUACCAUCAUCGGAAGACCUUCCAGAUCAAGAACACAGGUAUUUGACAUCAUGACCAACCUUCCAGUAAUGCAAAUUGGAGAUCUGAUUCAUUGAUCUUCAUUAGUUCCUUAAUUGUCUUAGACAAGAUGGUGUACAAAACUAGUUUCAGUUAGUUGCCCCCUUUUUCUUUUCCUUUUUUUUUCCAUAAAUCUCAUCCUUCUGCAAUUUGAUAGACCAUUGUUUAACAAACAAAAAAAAAAGUUGGUCCAUUGAUCCCGAUAUUAUUGUGUAGCAAAAUGUAAUGUUGUAUUCUCCUAUUACAAUGCAAAUAAUGUUGAUCAUAACAAAUGGAACUAUUUUUAAUUUCUCAA